AUGCCAUUAGAUUUGGAAUAGAGCAUUGAGGAUAUAUUUAAUAUAAUUAAAGAACUUGAUUAAUAUGGAUCAAGUCAAAGUUAUUUGAAGAAUUUUUAUAGAUAUUCAGAUUUUAAUGGUAAUUUAUAUUUAUUUCCAAACUCUAUUAACAAAUAAUUUGAUUUUAGAAAGAAGGUAACUUUACUUAUGAAAAUUUCAAAAGAAUUAUUGAUUAAUAUCUGA